GCUCCCUCCGUCCCGCCGCACGCGGCCCCGCACGGACCGGGCCGGAUAUAAAGGGCAGCGCGGUGUGAGCCGCCCCUUCUGUGCCCGCCGGGCCGCAGCGCACGCCCCAUCCACGCCGAGCGGUCCGGGCAUGAACGCGGCGGGCGGCAGUUACCCCAUGGCCUCGCUGUACGUGGGCGACCUGCACCCCGACGUGACCGAGGCCAUGCUGUACGAGAAGUUCAGCCCCGCCGGGCCCAUCCUCUCCAUCCGCGUGUGCCGCGAUAUGAUCACACGCCGCUCCCUCGGAUACGCCUACGUCAACUUCCAGCAGCCGGCGGACGCUGAGCGUGCUCUAGACACCAUGAACUUUGAUGUGAUCAAAGGAAAACCCAUUCGCAUCAUGUGGUCUCAGAGGGACCCCUCAUUGAGGAAGUCAGGGGUUGGGAACGUCUUCAUUAAGAACCUGGACAAAUCCAUUGAUAACAAGGCACUUUAUGACACGUUCUCAGCGUUUGGGAAUAUUUUGUCCUGCAAGGUGGUGUGUGAUGAGAAUGGCUCUAAGGGCUACGCAUUUGUGCACUUUGAGACCCAGGAUGCUGCAGAUAGAGCCAUCGAGAAGAUGAACGGCAUGCUGCUAAACGACCGCAAAGUAUUUGUUGGGAGAUUUAAGUCUCGUAAAGAGCGGGAGGCUGAGCUGGGAGCCAAGGCAAAGGAAUUCACCAAUGUGUAUAUUAAGAACUUUGGGGAUGACAUGGAUGAUGAAAGACUAAAGGAACUCUUCAGUAAAUAUGGUAAGACUCUGAGUGUUAAAGUGAUGACAGACCCCACUGGAAAGUCCAAAGGCUUUGGCUUUGUAAGCUUUGAAAAGCAUGAAGAUGCUAACAAGGCAGUAGAAGAAAUGAAUGGGAAGGAUAUCAAUGGGAAAAUGGUGUUUGUAGGCCGAGCACAGAAGAAGGUGGAGCGCCAGGCAGAGCUGAAAAGGAGAUUUGAACAGCUAAAACAAGAGAGAAUCAGCCGGUAUCAGGGAGUUAACCUGUACAUUAAAAACCUAGAUGACACUAUAGAUGAUGAAAAACUGAGGAAGGAAUUCUCACCUUUUGGGUCAAUAACAAGUGCAAAGGUGAUGCUAGAAGGUGGACGCAGCAAAGGAUUUGGGUUUGUCUGCUUUUCGUCACCAGAAGAAGCCACCAAAGCUGUCACAGAAAUGAAUGGUCGAAUAGUGGGCUCAAAGCCACUCUAUGUUGCACUUGCACAAAGGAAAGAAGAGCGAAAGGCUCACCUAACUAAUCAGUACAUGCAGCGCAUUGCUGGGAUGAGAGCCUUGCCAGCCAACACAAUCAUUAAUCAGUUCCAGCCUGCUGCUGGUGGUUAUUUCAUGCCUGCUGUGCCCCAGGCUCAGAGCAGACCCACUUACUAUGCACCCAAUCAGAUGGCGCAGAUGAGACCCAACCCACGCUGGCAGCAAGGAGGAAGACCUCAAGGCUUCCAGGGAAUGCCAAAUGCCAUGCGCCAGUCCGGACCACGGCCUGCGCUGCGCCAUCUGGCCCCUGCUGGCACUGCUCCUGCCUCUCGUGGCCUCCCUGUUUCUGCCCAGCGAGUUGGUGUUACCACUGCAGGACAGAACUUGGCUCCUCGUCCACCUGUGGCUGCUCCUGCUCCCAGAGCAGUUCCCCCUUAUAAAUAUGCCUCAAGUGUCCGCAGCCCACACCCACCUGUACAGCCUUUGCAGGCACCUCAGCCUGCAGUACACGUGCAGGGACAGGAGCCACUAACAGCCUCCAUGCUGGCUGCUGCCCCUCCCCAGGAGCAGAAACAGAUGCUGGGAGAACGUUUGUUCCCUCUUAUUCAAGCUAUGCACCCCAGCCUUGCAGGGAAGAUCACAGGAAUGCUGCUGGAGAUUGACAACUCGGAGCUGCUGCACAUGUUGGAGUCUCCAGAGUCCCUCCGCUCAAAGGUGGAGGAGGCUGUUGCAGUGCUGCAGGCUCACCAAGCCAAGAAAGAAGCUGCCCAGAAGGUGGGUGUGGUUGCUGCUACCUCUUAAGCCAGGAGGGCAGGAUGCAAUGAAGCCAAACAGCCCCUGUCACAGCCCCUGUCACAGCCCCUGUCACAGCCAGCGGCUGGAGGAGGCUGCAGCCCUGCAGGACUCGAUGCCACGCGCCGUAUCACGUAGUUCUAUUGCAUUUUGUAAUUAACCCUUGGGAUCUCACCGAGCGACUCUGGCUGCCCAAAGCCUGGAUGGAGUCUGUGAGCUUUUCCUUUGUGAGCAGAGUUUAAGUCUUUUCUAUGCAGGACUUUGAAGGUUUCUGGUUGACAAAAGCAUUUUGUGGUUUUGGUUUUAACGGCCCAUGUUGGAGAGUUCUGGAAAAUCGUUUGGCAAUGGAGGAAUAAAAACUUUCUCAGCGUU